AUGAAUAUUGAAAUACCAGACGAAUUACCAUUAAUAUUACGAAAUUUUACAUUAUCCGUUUUACGUAAUAAACCAAAAAAUAUCAUCGCGCAUGCUGUCUCAUACUUUGUACAAUUACAGCAACAACAACAGUCAGGUACAAUGGCUCAAACAUCUACUCCUCCCGAUAAGAGUUUAGAUCCAGAUAAAAAUUUAGCAGGGUAUUCACCCUCUUCCAUCGUCAACCAAUCGUCGUAUCCUUCCAAUUCAAAUAAUUCAUCAUUUAUUUCAACUCUACAUCCCAAUACCACUAUUUCUUCAAUUCAUUACGAUGCACUGCCCGUACAAAGCUCUUCCACAGCACCUCCGUCAACUCAACAAACAACGUCAUCGCAUCAUCUUGAUGAUAAUCUAUUUCCAACUCAACCAAAAUAUCCUACCUCGACAACAGAAUCGACAAAUUCCUCAAUAAACUUGCAAACAAAUUUAACAAACAACAUCAAUAAUGUCAUAACAGGUAAACAACAAGCUUUUGGAUUGAUUUAUUUAGAAAUCUACUUGAUUUCAUCAAUUUCUAUGAUAUAG